AUGGAGGACGUGCGCGCAUCCUACACGUUCGGGCGUGAGCUAGGCCGGGGCCAGUUCGGCGUGACCUACCUUUACCUAGCCACGCACAAGCCGACGGGGCGGCGGUACGCGUGCAAGUCCAUCGCCACCCGCAAACUCGCGCACUGGGACGACGUCCGCCGGGAGGUGCAGAUCAUGCACCACCUCACGGGCCAUCGCAGCAUCGUCGAGCUCCGGGGCGCCUACGAGGACCGCCACUCCGUCAACCUCGUCAUGGAGCUCUGCGAGGGCGGGGAGCUCUUCGACCGCAUCAUCGCCCGGGGGCACUACUCCGAGCGCGCCGCCGCCGCGCUCUGCAGGGAGAUCGUCUCCGUCGUGCACAGCUGCCACUCCAUGGGGGUCAUGCAUCGCGACCUAAAGCCCGAGAACUUCCUUUUCCUUAAUAAGAGGGAGGAGUCGCCGCUCAAGGCCACGGAUUUUGGGCUCUCCGUCUUCUUCAAGCCCGAGAACGAGGAUGGCAUAUUUGAUGCUGUUUUGCGAGGUCAUAUUGAUUUCGCAUCUGAUCCCUGGCCUUCCAUAUCGAAUAGCGCAAAAGAUUUGGUCAAGAAGAUGCUGCGCCAAGAUCCCAAGGAGCGGCUUACUGCUGCUGAAAUUUUGAAGCAUCCCUGGAUUAGAGAGGAUGGAGAGGCCCCAGACAAGCCACUAGACAUUACAGUAAUAAGCAGAAUGAAGCAGUUCCGGGCAAUGAACAAGCUUAAGAAGGUUGCCUUGAAGGUUGUUGCAGAGAACUUGUCAGAGGAAGAGAUCGUGGGCUUGAAAGAAAUGUUCAAAUCCCUGGAUACUGAUAACAGUGGGACUAUAACGCUGGAAGAAUUGAGAGCUGGUUUACCAAAGCUCGGCACCAAAAUCUCUGAAUCAGAAAUAAGGCAGUUGAUGGAAGCGGCUGAUGUUGAUGGAAAUGCAACAAUGCACAUGAAUAGAUUAGAGAAGGAGGAUCAUAUAUUUAAAGCAUUCGAGUAUUUUGAUAAGGACCAUAGCGGGCACAUUACGGUUGAUGAGUUGGAAGAAGCUCUGAAGAAGUAUGAUAUGGGUGAUGAGGCAACAAUUAAAGAAAUUAUUGCUGAAGAAGUAGAUACAGAUCAUGAUGAGAGAAUCAACUACCAGGAGUUUGUUGCCAUGAUGAAGAAUAAUAGCCCCGAUGUUGCUCCAAAUCGGAGGCGCAUGUUUUAA